AUGGGUUAUACAGUAUUCAUUGAGCGAGACACGAAGUCGUUCUCUCCAAAUAUUCACAAAGUUGAGACAUUUGCUGCGGGAGCCCUUCGUGGUAUGUGUAGUCCUCGCAAUCCUUGUGUUGGUGAAAACACAAUCUGUGAUUCUGGACAAUGCGUUUGCAAAGCUGGCUUCAUUGAAAAACGGCACAAGUGUGUUCCAUCUCUUUGCAGUAAACCUGAUUUGCAGUUCCAAUGUGAUGAUGGAACAGCUUGUAUUGCAAUUUACAAUGUCUGUAACGGAAUUUCUGAAUGCCGAGAUGGUUCGGACGAAAACUUUUGUGAUAAAUCUGCAAUCCUCUCUCCGUCGAUUUCAAUGAAACCAGCGUUUACGAAGCCACAAGAAGCUGAGUCAAAAUCGAGUGCAGCUCUCCGCAAUGUUGUCUCAUCGCCUUCAAGGAAUCGUUUUCCUGUGGCUUCACGGCUACUUUAUCAUUCCAGGCUUGAUGGCGAUUCUCCGGAGACGGUUUUCGACUCUUCCUUGAAAGGGCUCCCUAGUAAAACAUUUCAAAUAAUCCGUAAUCUGCCAUCGAGACGAUCUUAUGAUGAUAGAAGAGAAUAUCCGUCCUCUGACUAUUACUCAACCAUUGGACCGGAUGAACCAACGCUAAUAGUUUCAGAACCUCGGCGAAAGUCGUUUCUAUCUGAUGAAGCUUUGGAUUCUUUUAUAGACCGUCCACCAAGUCAUCUUCGAACUCACGUUAGUUAUACGCAUCCGAAUUUUCUUGAGGAACCCCAAUAUCCAGUGGAGGAAUUGGACUUUGAUCUAAGUCAUAGAAAGAAUGGCCGACUUCCAGGAAGUUCAUAUCUUGAAGCCUUUCAAGAAUUAAACCCCGAAGAAGAGGCUGAAGAAAUUCCGCAUCUUCGAAAGACUGGCUUUGUAAACCAUCGAGGAUUCUUGAGACGCAAGCCAAUACGUCAUCAAAAGCAUUCAUUGGGUGAGUAUUUUUUAUUGAUUUAUGAAACAGAUACCCUCUUAAAUAAAUAA